CUAAAAGUCUCUCCCAAUCAUACAAAACCACAAUAUCUCUAAAUAUGCUUCGAAAUACCCUCAUGCGCUCCCGUCCCCUGCUGAGGACUACAACCUUAACAAGAACAUAUCAGAUCCAGGCCCAUCCCGAGGCGUACAGUUCGAAGAACCAAGAAUUCUUCAUCGCCGCCUCCUUCCCAGAUGACUUCGAGUCUCCCACUCUCACAGAGAAGCGUGGCGUGCCUACUUCCUCCUGGGAUGAGAUGCAUGCUACAUUGAGUGAAGCUUCUGUCAAGGCUGACCGCGGUGAGAUCCAGAUGCAACAGUUUACUUCGCGCGAGGAGUUGGAGAAGAUGUUGCAGCCGGAGAAUAUGGAUCCAAAGAUUGAUGAGAUGUGAUAGUCUUGAGGGGGUCGGUGUUCGAAUUGAUGUUAGCGAUGUUGGGUCAGAAUGUUUUGUGUACGGGAGGUUGGUGUUGUGUAUAAAUUGUUCUUUAUAGGUUGGUUGGUUGUGGUAUUUUAGGUAUAAAAUUAAUGUAGUCCUCUAAUAAUAUCUAUUGAAGUUUA